AUGUCUUUCUUCCUGAAGAGCAUGGUCAGCAGCCAGGUGAAGAACCUGGGCCUGGGCGGGGAGGAGAAGACUGAGGACGCCGCCCCGGCAGACCCCGCAGCGGCUGCCGGGAUGACCCGCGAGGAGUACGAGGAGUACCAGAAGCAGCUGGUGGAGGAGAAGAUGCAAAGAGAUGCUGACUUCUUGCAUAAGAAAGCGGAGAGGGCGACUCUGAGGACCUGUUUACGAGAUAAAUACAGGCUACCGAAGAGCGAGCAGGACGAGAACAUGAUCCAGAUGGCCGGGGACGACGUGGACGUGCCCGAGGAGCUGCUGAAGAUGGUGGACGAGGACGCCACGGAGGAGGAGGAGAAGGACUCCCUUUUCGGCCAGAUCCAGAACCUCCAGAACAUGGACAUGGACCAGAUCAAGGAGAAGGCGCAGGCCACCAUGACCGAGAUGAAGACCAAGGCCGAGGAGAAGUGCUCCGUGAUGUAA